AUGGAGAAAAUAAAUACGGAGCUGUUGAUAAGUUUAGUGGAAGCGAGACCCGCUUUAUGGGAUAAAACACUUGACACAUAUAAAGACAAAAAUUUAAAGUCGUCAGCAUGGAGAGAGAUAUGUUCUCUGUUAAAGGAGAAUUUCGAAGAUAUGGAACAAAAGGAGAGGCAGGCUUUUGGUAAGCUGAUUUUAAAAAAGUGGACAUACAUUCGAGACUCGUGGAUGAAAGCAUUGAAAAAACAUAAAGACCAAAAAACAAGUGGCACAUCGACCAAACCUUCAAGACUUUAUAUAUAUAAUGAGCAGAUGUCAUUCCUGAAAAAAAUUACAGAUUCAACUGUUUGUCAUGAAAACACUAAUAAUGAAAAUAACACCGAGAUAGAAGACUUGGAUGCAGAAGUUAUUGAAGAGAGUGUUCCACCUGAACAACCGAAUAUGGAAGCAAAUCAGUCUGGUAGUACUCCCAUCAGUACUUCUACUGCACGCAGAAAGAGGAGUAUUAAUGAAGUUGAUGCCAAAAUGAUGCGAUUCAUAGACCAUCAAAUCAACUUAUCCAAGUCAGCCACAGCCACAAACAAUUUCAAGAGUAACAACACCAAUGACUAG